UUUCUCAGCUCUAUAUUUCACAAAACUAUUUCUGAGGUGAAGUCGGGAAAGUAAAUUCGGAAAAAAAAUAAAGAUGAAGCGAGCUCGUCGUCCAACUACAGCCAACAACAAAUCAUUUGUUUCCGGCGGAAUUUACAACCCCAAUGCCAGCGCCAAGCCCUUGAUCCAACAGCCGUUGCAGGCCACCAAUGUCGCGGAGCAGCAGGCUCCUUCGGUGGCCUCCCAUGCGCCACCGGCCCCUCUCCCAGUUCCCGUUCCGGUGGCAGACUCUGUCCAGGCCAAGAGGCCGGAUGCGGCCGCCAUCGCCGCCAAGCUGCCCAUGCCCAUUAUCGUGAAGGAGGAGCCUAAUGAGAUGGUCAGCGAGCCGGAACCCAACGAGGACUUCUCCAUCGACAUUAGCGAGGAGAACGGCAGCGGUACCGGAAACGGAGGCAAGAUCCCCUUUAAGAAGAUCUUCCAGAAGCGCAAGAAGUCGUCUGAGCGAACUCGAGACAAGAAGCUGCGACAGAACCGUCAGCUGCGCAAGUACAUGCUGCCGAAGAACGCCUUGAUGGCCCUCAACGAGGUGAAGGGCGUGACUAUCAGCGACUUCACCAUAGACAGCAAUCCCGGGGGAUUCACGGCCGUUGUCACGGUUAACUCCAACCAGUACGAGGGCAAGGGUCUCUCCAAGAUGUCAGCCAAGAACGCGGCCUGCGAGAAGGCUUGGCGCGACUUCAUCAUUGCAAAGAUGACGCCAAAGCCGCCCAGGCUGAUGAUCGGUGAAAACGGAGAGCCCAUGGAGACCAACAAGGAUGAAGUGGACGCACCGGAGGAUGACCUUCCCAUGCUAAACCUGGCCUCGUUUGCCAUCUACAAGUUGUUCGCAGAGUGGGAGCGCGAGGGCUUCGUCGUGCCCGAGAUGCACCCGUCGGCGAAUGCUGGCCAGCAGGCAGGAGGUGAAGCCGCACCGCCGGUUCCUGCGGUUCCCAAGGAGCCGAAGAAGCCACCAGUACGCACCGAGCUGCCCUCCGGCUGGGAGACCAUGCACCCGGCCACCAUUCUUUGCAUUAUGCGUCCGGGACUCAUUUACGUGGACUAUGGAGCCUCUGGCGACAAGCCCAAUGUGCUGCAACAUCUGGGAAUUACAGUGGACAAUCGCGAGUUUACUGCCAACGGAAGGUCGAAGAAGAUCGCACGUCGCAACGUGGCCGUAGAAGUGUGCAACACUCUGUUCGGAACGAACUUCGCCUAUGGCGACACAGCUUAAGACCAGCAUAAAAGUUCUGCUCUGCAA